AUGUCGUCCCUGUUGUUUAAACAGUCAAGGAUAGAGGAGCUGGAAGAUGUUAUAAAUUCAGUGAGAGAGCCCGUUGUGUGCGUCUCCCCCACAGGUGUCGUGUCAGCGCAGCGGCAAGUCAGCAUCCAGGAAGGACCCCUGUACCGCACAGAGGGCUCUCACAUCACCAUCUGGUGCAACGUGAGCGGCUUCCAGGGGCCCUCUGAGCAGAAUUUCCAGUGGUCCAUUUACAUGCCCAAGGCCCCGGAACGCGAGAUCCAGAUUGUCAGCACCAUGGAUGACACCUUCUCUUAUGCCAUCUACACGCAGCGUGUCCGCAGCAGGCAGAUCUACGUGGAGAGGGUGCAGGGGAACUUGGCCCUAUUACACAUCAUUGAUCUCCAGACCCGGGAUGCCGGGGUGUACGAGUGCCACACGCCCAGCACUGACGAGCGGUACUUCGGGAGUUACAGCGCCAAGACGACCGUCGUGGUGAUCCCGGACACUCUGCAGGCCAGCUCUGUGCCCCAGACGUUGCACAAAGUGGAGCAGGACCGCCUGGAGCUCACAUGUGACACGUCCACGGAGACGCUGCAGCACAGCCACGUGUCAGUGGCCUGGCUCCGGCAGCGGGGCGGCGAGAAGCCGGUGGAGGUCAUCGCCCUGAGCCGGAACUUUGUGCUGCAGUCGAGCAGCGACUAUGCGCAGAGGCAGAGCCUGGGGGAAGUGCGCCUGGACAAGCUGGGGGGCACCACCUUCCGCCUCACCAUCUUCCACCUGCAGCCCUUCGACCAGGGCGAGUUCUACUGCGAGGCCACUGAGUGGAUCCAGGACCCGGACGGCUCGUGGUACCCCAUGACCCGAAAGCGUUCUGAGGGGACCGUGGUCAACGUCCAGCCCACUGACAAAGAGUUCACCGUUCGGCUGGAGACGGAGAAGCGGCUGUACACGGUGGGAGAGCCGAUGGAGUUCAGAUGCGUCCUGGAGGCACAGAACAUUCCUGACCGUUACUUCGCUGUCUCCUGGGCCUUCAACAGCUCACUCAUCGCCAGCAUGGGGCCCAACGCUGUGCCAGUCCUCAACAGUGAAUUCGCCCAUCGGGAGGCCAGGGGCGAGCUCCAAGUGGUCAAGGAGAGCGACAGUGUCUUCGUGCUGAAGAUCUACCACCUCCGCCAGGAGGACAGCGGCAAAUACAACUGUCGUGUGACAGAGAGGGAGAAAACAGUGACUGGGGAAUUCAUCGACAAAGAGAGCAAGCGUCCCAAGAACAUACCCAUCAUUGUCCUCCCCAUCACAGAUAACUGGGUAGUUAGAGUUCCCCAGCACCACCAGAUCCUGCCCCAAGGCCACGUGGAGAGCAGCAUCUUUGUGGAUGUGGCCAGCAACGCCAGCGUCAUCCUGGAGGGCGACAAUCUGCACCUUACCUGCAAUAUCCGGACGACGGGCCGGCCACCCAGCCGCUUCUCCGUCAUCUGGCAGCUGGUGGACCGGCAGAACCGCCGUAGCAACAUCAUGUGGCUGGACCGAGACGGCACUGUGGAGCCCGGCACAUCCUACUGGGAGCGCAGCAGCUUUGGGGCCGUCCAGAUGGAGCAGGUGCAGCCCAACUCGUUCAGCCUGAGCAUCUUCAACACCAGGAAGGAAGACGAGGGCCAGUACGAAUGCCACGUGACCGAAUGGGUGCGGGCCGUGGACAACGAGUGGCAGAUCGUGGGGGAGCGCCGGGCCAGCACUCUUGUCUCCAUCACCGCUCUCGAAACGGGCUUCUCAGUCACUGCCAUCUCCCGCACGCCGGGGGUAACCUACAACGAGUCCUUCGACCUGCAGUGCAUCAUCAAACCCCAUUAUCUCUCCCGGGUCCCUGUGUCAGUGACGUGGUGGUUCCAGCCGGUGGGCACCAACGAGUUCCAUGAUCUGGUGACCUUCACCCGGGAUGGAGGAGUCCAGUGGGGGGACAGAUCUUCCAGCUUCCGGACCCGGACGGCCAUCGAGAAGGCAGAAUCCAGCAACAACGUCCGGCUGAGCAUUAGCCGAGCCAGCGACACGGAGGCGGGCAAGUACCAGUGUGUGGCGGAGCUGUGGCGGAGGAACUACAACAACAGCUGGAUGCGGCUGGCCGAGAGGACCUCCAACCUGCUAGAGAUCCGGGUGCUGCAGCCAGUGACAAAUUUGCAGGUGAGCAAAUCAAAGCGGACCCUCACCCUGGUGGAAAACAGGCCCAUCCAGCUGAACUGCUCAGUCAAGUCCCAGACCAGCCAGAACUCCCACUUCGCUGUGCUCUGGUAUGUUCACAAGCCCUCGGACGCCGACGGCAAGCUCAUCCUCAAAACCACCCACAACUCUGCCUUUGAGUACGGCACCUAUGCCGAGGAGGAGGGCCUGAGAACCAGGCUGCAGUUCGAGAGGCACGCGUCCGGGGGUCUGUUCAGCCUCACUGUGCAGAGAGCCGAGGUCAGCGACAGCGGCAGCUACUACUGCCAUGUGGAAGAGUGGCUGCUGAGCCCCAACUAUGCCUGGUACAAACUGGCAGAGGAGGUUUCAGGGCGCACGGAGGUCACUGUGAAGCGGCCAGACAGCCGCCUGAAGCUCAGCCAAGCGCAGGGCAACCUGUCUGUUCUGGAGACGCGGCAGGUGCAGCUGGAGUGCGUGGUCUUGAACCGCACGAGCGCAGCCUCACAGCUGCUGGUGGAAUGGUUUGUGUGGAAGCCCAACCAGCCAGAGCGGGAGACCGUGGCCCGCCUGAGUCGCGAUGCCACCUUCCACUACGGAGAGCAGGCAGCCAAGAACAACUUGAAGGGCCGGCUACACUUGGAGAGCCCUUCCCCGGGCGUGUACCGGCUCUUCAUCCAGAACGUGGCCGUGCAGGACAGCGGCACCUACAGCUGCCGUGUGGAGGAGUGGCUGCCCAGCCCCAGUGGCAUGUGGUACAAACAGGCUGAGGACACCGCUGGCCAGAUGGCUGUUCGCGUCACUCGACCAGAUGCUGCCCUGCAGGUGGACACAGUGGUCCCCAAUGCCACGGUGUUCGAGAAGGCAGCUUUCCAGCUGGACUGUAGCAUUGUGUCUCGCUCCAGCCAGGACUCCCGCUUCGCUGUGGCCUGGUACUCCCUGAGGACUAAGGCUGGAGGAAAAAGGGGUAGCCCUGGGCCAGAAGAUGGGGAGGAGGAGGAGGAGGAGGAGGAAGUGGAGGUGGAUGAAGAGGAGGAAGAGGACCCCACAGAGCGGACAGCCCUGCUGAGUGUGGGCGCAGAUGCUGUCUUUGGCCCAGAGGGCAGCCCCUGGGAGGGCAGGCUUCGCUUUCAGAUGCUCUCCCCGCUCCUCUACCGGCUCACCGUGCUGCAGGCCAGCCCACAGGACACGGGUAAUUACUCCUGCCGCGUGGAGGAGUGGCUGCCCAGCCCUCAAAAGGAAUGGUACCGGCUGACCGAGGAGGAGUCGGCACCCAUCGGCAUCCGCGUUCUGGACACAAGUUCCACCCUGCAGUCCAUCAUCUGCUCCAAUGACGCACUCUUCUACUUCGUCUUCUUCUACCCUUUCCCCAUCUUUGGCAUCCUUAUCAUCACCAUCCUGCUGGUGCGCUUCAAGAGCCGGAACUCCAGCAAGAACUCCGAGGGGAAGAAUGGGGUGCCCCUGUUGUGGAUCAAGGAGCCACACCUCAACUACUCCCCCACUUGCCUGGAGCCCCCCGUGCUCAGUAUCCACCCAGGAGCCAUAGACUAAGGGGACUGCAGGUGAUCGUAAACCACGGAGGAGCUGAGGCUCUCCUCGCUGCAUCUUGCUCUACCACCAGGCAGCGGACAGCACCUGACCUCUGGGGCGCCCUCGCAGAACACAGUCAGACUUCAGAAGUGUUCAGUCGCCCAUCUGUCAGAGGCAGACUGCCGCUAGGUGGCAGUCUUGGCCGGUUAGCUAUUUUCGA